AUGGAUCCAUUCCUAUGCAUGGUCCAUGGGGCUCAACCUUCACUGCAUGUUAGCCUACCAAGCAAAACUCUGAAGUUGGCAACAUUUGUGUUCAGACAGAAAGACAAUGAAAACUCAAAGGUUGACAUUAUUUUCCUCUCUUUUCAGCCAGCAUACAUUCCAAAGAAGAUAAUUCCCAUCACAGUUAUUAAACAAGUAAUUCAGAAUGUCACACAUCGAGCAGCAUCAAAAUCUCCAGACAGGCCAUCUGUAGGAGGCACAAUACUAGUUCAUCUUAUCAUUCCUGGCCUGAAUGAAACCACCCCAAAAGGAUCUCCACCUAUCAUGUUGGAUAUUUCUGAAACAGUCAAGACCCUGUUAGCUAAGAAUGAAACCUUGGCAUUACCUGUUGAAUCUAAAACAUCAGAAGAAGGAAAAAUACCAGCGCAGCCUAUACCAGUGACAAUGGAAACUGUUCAAAGAACCACAAGCCCUACUAUGACUAGUGUUAUAGAAAUUUCAGAAACAACCUUGGCUCCAAACAAGCUUCCAGAAUUCCCUCAAGCCAAAACACCAUUUUCUCUGGCAAAACCUAGAGCAACAUUGGCUUCAGAUCAGAUACAAUGGAUUGUGCCUACGACCAAAACAUCUGAUGAUCUGAAAGUUCUACAGCCCCACCCUGCAACUCAUGAUAUGCAGCCUGUUUUCUCAAGUACCCCAACAACAGAUGAGCCUGACAUAUCCAUCACCCAAACAGCAGCAAAAACAACUCUGGACUCUGCCCCAUCUAAAACUUCUAGAACAAUUGAACAGCCAAGGGCCACGCUGGCUCCAAAUGAAGUGCCACUUCUUCCUCAAAAACCGAAAAUAUCUGCCAGUCCUGAAAUACAACAUACUACACUUGCUUCCACACAAACCACAUCCAUUCCUUCUACACCUAAGCGACGACGCCCCAUUAUCAGACCAACAGGAAGCAAACGUGUGAUAAGCUCAACCAUUUCAGAAUCUACACCAAAGCCCAAACCAACUUCUCAUGGACUUAAGAGGCCAACAACAAUACUGGUUCCUAAAGAAAUAUUUCCUGUUCCCCCCAAACCAACAACUCCCCCAGGCCCAGAUGUAUCACAACUAACUCCUGCCCAGGAGUCUGUUAGUGCUGAAACUACACUAGCACCAUCUUCACCACUGUCACCAACAACAAUAGCUCUACCAAAAACAAAAAGGCCAGGUCGUCGGCGUCCUAAAACCACACCUUCUCCCAAAGCACCUCUCACCCAAUCCGCCCUGGAAUCUGUUACAUUAACUACUGAAACAACCAAGACUACACUAGCUUCCAAACCUCCCACGUCCAAAACUAGACGUCGUAAGGUUAAAACCACACCACGUACAUCUACAAUUCAGACCAUAUCUGCAUAUGAACCUGUUACAGAUAGGACAGAGGCAUCAAUGACAACUCUGGCUUCACAGUUGGACCAAUCGUCACCAUAUACUGAUCCUCAACUUAAAAGGACACUAAGUCCAGAUGUGCCAGAGAUCAAAACUGUCAUGGAAUCGUCAACAUUCAAAACUGAUACCAUGGUAACAACAAUAGCCCCAGGACCAGGGACAGUUAUAAUAACUCAUUCUCCAACAACAACAUUAGCUAAAAUACAAACAAAGCCUUCUCAUCGAAAGCAUCCUAGACCUAAAACUACAGUGCAACCAGAGAAACCACAAACCAAAUCUGUUCUUACUACAACUUUAGAACCUGCCAUCCUUAGAACUGUGACUCCAGCAGCAACAUUAGCACCCAAAGUACCUAAAAAGACACGGCGCCCACGCCCAGGCCCUGGCCCACAUCCACGCCCUCACCCUCGCCCAGGCCUACCCCAAACUACUACUCCAAGUCCUGAAGCACCUCAAACUAAACCUGCUCUCACAGAAGUGCAAACUAAUCUUUUCCAAACAACAUCACCACACCUAGAAAAAUCACCGAUUACACCUGCUCACAAACCAAUUAAACAAAAUCGAACAAAGUCACCCUCACGUUCCAAGCUUAAAACAACUCCAAGUCUACCUGUACCUCAAACCAAACCUGUUUCUAAAAUAGAACUGGAAUCCGUUGCAUUUAGCACUACUUCACCAAAGGCAACUAUAGCUCCAACAGGACCACAUUAUGUACAUCCUAUACCCAAAACAUCACAGAGUCCUGAUGAGCAACAAACCAAAGCUGUCCUGGAAUCUAUUACAUAUGUAUCUGAGCCACCCAUGGAAACAAUAGCUUCCAUAGAGACAACACCUGUGCCUUCCAAAACUUUAGCACUGCCCAAGCCAGAUGCAUCACAGACAAAAACUGCUCCAAAACAGAUAACACAUGCUCCACCCAAAAUGAAAACAACCCCAGCUUCAGUCAAGCCUGCUACUAAGGUUUCCCGACCUGUAACUUCAAAACCGAAAAUAUCAACAAGACCACAUGCAUCACCAACUCUACCUGCUCCCACAGAAAGACACAUCUCUUCUUCAUCUCAGCCAUCCCUGAGUCCUGUUGUAUCUCCAACCACCUAUGUCCCAGAAGAAAUUACUAUUAGAAUCAAGCAACCAAAGACAACUUUAGCCCCAAUAACCAUCACAUUGAGAACAGCAACACCAACAAUAGCUCCUAGAGAUGUACAUAAACCAGACCCAGAUGUUUCUCAGACCAAACCUGUCCUGGAACCUGUUACAUUUAGAAUUGAACCAUCAAAGCCAACAAUGGCUCCCAUAGGGACAAAAAGCAUUCCUGUUAAGCCUAAGAUUUCACCAAGUCCAAGUCAAGAUGUACUACAAACCACACUGGCAAAAGCAGUUCAUUCCACUCAGGAACCAGCCACCACAAAGAUUCCUCGAAAACCUAAACGAACAAAGACAACUCAGGCACCAAAUAAAGUGUACACUACUACUAUAAGAAAGAGACCUGUCAGACCUGACAAAAAUAGGACAAUUACAGGAGCUGAUAGGUUCAAACCCAAUGGAAUUUCUCAAGACACAGAUUACAUCAAACCAAGCUCUGGAGAUAUUAACAAGCAUAUCAGUGCUCCCAAAAAUGUUUCACUUGAUGCUACCAAAAAACCAGGUACAGUGGCCAAAACUCAUCAUCCCAUCUUGCCACCUCCUAAGCCAACCCGAAGAAAACUUCAACCACCAAGCGUGACUGGCAAGCCAGGAAGUACAGGAACCAUCUUGUUACCACGAGUAACAUCCCCUCCUCCAAAGGUGACAGUCAAACCUACUGGCCCCACUGUGCCAAAGAAGAUUGAGACAGAGAAAAAGCAGCCAACCGCCUCUGUUUCAGGAGAAUAUGGUAAUUUGACUGACUUUAGCUCAAGCCCUACAAAAGAGACUGAUUCCCUGGGAAAUCAGCGGUAUGUGGCUCCUCACGUACGAUAUAUUCCAAAGCCCGAGAACGAGCCCUGUUCUAUCACUGAUUCUAUGAAGCGGUUCCCAACAGAGGAGGUACCAGAGGAGAGCCCCACAAGCCCGCCCCAGAAUCCUCCUACCAACCUCACUGUGGUCACAGUGGAAGGAUGCUCAUCAUUCGUCAUACUGGACUGGGAGAAGCCACAAAAUGAUACUGUCACUGAAUAUGAAAUUAGAUCCAAAGAAAAUGGAGCGCCCACUGGGAAGAAGGAGUCUAUUCAAACUACAAAUCAAACUUUCUCCACAAUAGAAAAUCUAAAGCCAAACACCAGUUAUGAAUUCCAGGUGACACCCAGAAACCCUCUUGGUGAAGGCCCACCUAGCACAACUGUGUCAUUCAAUACUGAAUCAGCGGAUCCAAGAGUGAGUGAGCCAAUUUCAGCAGGAAGAGAUGCCAUCUGGACUGAAAUACCCUUUAAUUCAGACUCUUAUUCAGAAUGCAAAGGCAAACAGUAUGUCAAGAGAACUUGGUAUAAGAAGUUUGUAGGUGUGCAGCUAUGUAAUUCUUUGAGAUACAAGAUUUAUCUGAGUGAUUCACUCACAGGAAAAUUUUACAACAUAGGAGAUCAGAGAGGACAUGGGGAAGAUCACUGCCAGUUUGUAGAUUCCUUUUUAGAUGGCCGAACUGGACAACAACUCAACUCUGAUCAGCUGCCGAUCAAAGAAGGCUACUUUAGAGCAGUUCGCCAAGAACCAGUCCAAUUUGGAGAAAUAGGUGGUUAUACACAGAUCAACUAUGUCCAAUGGUAUGAAUGUGGAACUACGAUACCUGGAAAAUGGUAAAUGCGCUGCAGUAGUGAUGAAAGAUGCCUUCUUUUCCAUCAAGGAAAGAGUUGGAAAUUUUAUAGUAUUUGUCCCACUUAAAUCUUUUGUUUACUAUGUAUAGAAAUUUAAAAUGGAAUUAAUGGCAAUAUUAACUGUUUAUUAAUAGGCUGCUUACUAUAUUUAUCAGGUUCUACAAAGUCAUUUAAAUAAAGAUACAAGCAGUAACAGGAAUUUGGGAAGCUGGCUCCCUGCUCAUGUUAUUUUAAGAGAUGACAGUUUGUAUGUUAUUUAUCACAGUGUUGUAAUAAAUGUUUUGAGGCACUUUUAUGGUAAACUUAAAAGUAUAAUGCAUUAAUUUUAAAUAUUCACUUUUAUUACCUGUUUAGGUAACUCUACAAACCUCUAUUCUUCCUCCCUUUAUAAUUAACCUUAACUUAUUGGAUCAAACUCUUCUUCAAUAGAGCUGAAAAUACAAUUUUCCCAGUUAUUUACAUAAACCUCAGAUUAGAAACAGUUGAAUGAGCUUUUCUGGAAGAGCUCUGAAACCUAGUCUAAACACACAAUCAAAUACUUAGUGGAGAUAUAUUUGUCAAGACUUGAGUGGAAUAGACAAGUUUCAUUUUAGCAGUUCUGCAUCACUUGUGCAAGUCCUGUUUACUUCAGAUUUAUUCUUCUCCCGUCAACCUAUGCUCUAGGAUGGAUGUAUUUUUUUUUUUUCAAACUUAAGAUUUCCACUGUCCCUUGAAAUAACUGUGUGUCUUCAUUUAAUCUAUUAACAUGGUCAUGUCCCUAGUCAAGUUGUAAAGCACUGGUUCUGAUGUUUGAGCACAAAAGAGUAAAUGAACAAGGUCUAUAAUAAUGUACAGGAUAUUUGCUAUAUAUAUUUUGUAUAAAAGACAUCUAUGAAUGAAUGCAAAGGGGGAUAUUUGUUAUAAUUCUGUUUUUUUUUUUUUUAACUCAAAACUGUAAAGACAAUCUGAUUAAAUAAAGACUGUUCCUGGGGGAAGGGGGUUAUUCACUGUGUUUAAUGUCUUCUUUAUUGUUACCUUUAUUACAAAAAUGCCUCAAUUUUCCCCCUCCAAUGCUACAUACAUUUUUUUAAUUUUUCAAACAUUAAUGAACUCUGCAAUAAAGAGAUGUAGUUUUUUUAAGAAA